AUGUCCGUUGAUGUUUUGGCAAGUCUACGCAAACAAGUCAUAGAUCUCCAAGUGCUUAGUCUCAAGAAGAACUGUUCCCCAGACUCUUACUUUAAAAUUAGAGACGACAUCCGGCACCAGGCCGCAGAGCUGCUCCACUCUCUCGAUCCAUCUCUCUCUUACCAGGAGCAUUAUUCCGGCCCAGUUGUGUGCGAUCCUACCGGAGACUUUAAGGCCAACGUUGCGUUUAUAUCCCGCCUCCGCUUGACGGUGGAUAAGCUCUCCAAGGCCUCUACAGCCCCCGAAGGCGGGUUUACAGAGCCACUUCGUGGAACAUCAGUACCGCCUAGAAAUAUAGGUACUCAGCGGCGCCCUUCUUCGCCAUUUCAUAACGUAAUCUCUGAGAGGCCACGCAGCGCUCGUCACGGCUUGGCUGCAGAAGUCUCACAUCAAGAUGACGCUAGAAAUGUCACAAAAGAUUCUCCGUCAUUCCACAUACCUGACACCGUUCGUUUGGAGAAAAAGGCAAAGAGCCUAGCAGAUAGCAUCUCGCAGAUAAAGUACAAAAUCCGGGCGCUCAAGGAAGAGCUAGCGAUAGAUGACAUAGAAGACCAAUACAGGAACACAGAAAUAUUUCUGGCCAAGCACCAGCGCAUGUCCCAGAGACUCGAGUCCCAGGAGGACACUUAUCGCCAACUUCUAGCGUACCACCGCGAGCUGCAGACUCUUAUUCCAGAGCUUGAGCGCGAAAAGGAUGCUAUGCUAACGGAGGCAUGCAUCAAGGCGACAGAGGAGUCGUCUGCCAUGGAGGAACUGGUUUUCUAG